CCUCCCCCACAUAUGCACCAAUGGAGACGCACGAUGGGCGGACCCCGUCGCAGCCGCCGUUUCAGGGUGUGAUUUUUUUUUUUUGUGAAUGGAAAAAAGGAGGUCGCCUGGCGGGUCCCGAGACUGCAGCGCAAAGCAGCUUCGCUGCGCCGUCACUGCAAUCGGAGUGGACCCGGGCGCCGACGAGCGGUUGCUGCCUCGCCCCUCCCUUCUUUCCUCCCCCCCUCUCUCCCUCCCUCUGCUCUCUUCGCCCGGAGGAGGGGAGCUGGUUAGGCCGGGCAGUGACCGAUCACGCAACGCUGGGACCCCAGCCGCGGUGCCUGUGACCCUGAGCGCCCCGCGGCGCGCCACUGCUGCCGCUGCCCAUGACCCUGAGCGCCCCGCGGCGCCGCCGCUGCUGCCCAUGACCCUGAGCGCCCCGUGCCCGCAGAGAUGCUGAGGAUACGCGAGAGGCCGCGGCUGCAGUGCCCAGCGCGCGGGGACGGCGCCCCUGGCUCCGCCGUCCUGCCCGGCCCGGUCGGCCUACUGCUGGGGGCCAACCUCUUUUAGGACCAGCCUCGGGCCCCGGCCGACGCAUCCCACCUGCACGCACGGGAUCGACCCCCACCACCCACUAAAAUGAAUGUGUUUUGCAGGACGAGGUGUGAUCCUUGCCCUCCACAUUACCCAGUCACAUGUAGCGGUGUCCCAAUUAAUGGAUUCUGACAUGGAUUAUGAGAGGCCAAACGUAGAGACCAUCAAGUGCGUCGUGGUCGGGGACAACGCAGUUGGCAAGACCAGGCUCAUCUGUGCCCGUGCCUGCAAUGCCACCCUCACCCAAUACCAGCUGCUCGCCACCCAUGUGCCCACAGUCUGGGCCAUUGACCAGUACCGGGUGUGCCAAGAGGUGCUGGAACGCUCCCGGGAUGUAGUAGAUGAUGUCAGUGUGUCCCUUCGUCUCUGGGACACCUUUGGAGACCACCACAAAGACCGGCGCUUUGCUUACGGGAGAUCUGAUGUUGUGGUCCUUUGCUUCUCCAUUGCUAACCCCAAUUCCCUGCACCAUGUCAAGACCAUGUGGUACCCAGAAAUCAAGCACUUUUGUCCACGGGCUCCUGUUAUCCUAGUUGGAUGCCAGCUGGACCUACGCUACGCCGACUUGGAAGCCGUCAAUAGGGCCAGGCGCCCUUUGGCCAGGCCCAUCAAGCCAAACGAAAUCCUGCCUCCUGAGAAGGGCAGGGAGGUAGCCAAGGAGCUGGGCAUCCCCUACUAUGAGACCAGUGUGGUAGCACAAUUCGGCAUCAAAGACGUCUUCGACAAUGCUAUCCGGGCCGCCCUCAUUUCCCGCCGUCACCUGCAGUUCUGGAAGUCUCACCUACGAAAUGUCCAGCGCCCCCUGCUCCAGGCUCCGUUCCUCCCCCCUAAGCCUCCACCCCCCAUCAUUGUGGUCCCAGACCCCCCUUCCACCAGUGAGGAGUGUCCUGCCCACCUCCUGGAGGACCCUCUCUGUGCGGACGUCAUCCUGGUGCUGCAAGAGCGGGUACGCAUCUUUGCCCACAAAAUCUACCUCUCCACCUCCUCCUCCAAGUUCUAUGACCUGUUCCUCAUGGACCUGAGUGAAGGAGAGCUGGGGGGGCCCUCUGGGUCAGGGGGCCCCCGCUUAGAGGAACCUCAAGGUCCCCCUGACCACCACCACCACCAUCACCAUCACCACCACCACGGGAGGGACUUCCUGCUGCGGGCAGCCAGCUUUGAUGUGUGUGAGAGCACAGAUGAGGGGGGCGGUCCCGGCCCGGCGGGGCUCCGCGCUUCCACCAGCGACGGCAUCCUGCGGGGCAAUGGGGCCGGCUACCUGCUCGGUCGUGGCCGGGUGCUCUCAUCCUGGAGCCGAGCGUUCGUGAGCAUCCAGGAAGAGAUGGCGGACGACCCCCUCACCUACAAGUCACGGCUGAUGGUGGUGGUGAAGAUGGACGCUUCGAUCCAGCCGGGACCCUUCCGGGCCGUGCUCAAGUAUUUGUACACUGGGGAACUGGAUGAGAAUGAACGGGAUCUCAUGCACAUCGCCCACAUUGCCGAACUGCUGGAAGUGUUUGAUUUGCGCAUGAUGGUUGCCAACAUCCUCAACCACGAGGCCUUCAUGAACCAAGAGAUCACUAAGGCCUUCCAUGUCCGCAGGACCAACCGGGUCAAGGAGUGUCUAGCCAAAGGCACAUUUUCAGAUGUGACCUUCAUUCUGGAUGAUGGGACCAUCAGUGCCCACAAGCCGCUGCUGAUCUCCAGCUGUGACUGGAUGGCUGCCAUGUUUGGGGGGCCAUUUGUGGAAAGCUCAACAAGAGAGGUCAUGUUUCCUUACACCAGCAAGAGCUGUAUGCGAGCUGUGCUGGAAUACCUCUACACGGGCAUGUUCAGUGCUAGCCCUGACCUGGACGACAUGAAGCUGAUCAUCCUGGCUAACCGGCUGUGUUUGCCUCAUCUGGUGGCCCUCACAGAACAAUACACGGUGACUGGGCUGAUGGAAGCCACGCAGAUGAUGGUGGACAUAGAUGGAGAUGUCCUUGUGUUCCUGGAACUGGCUCAGUUCCAUUGUGCAUACCAGUUGGCCGACUGGUGUCUCCAUCACAUUUGCACCAACUACAACAAUGUAUGCCGGAAGUUCCCCCGGGAUAUGAAGGCCAUGUCUCCAGAAAACCAAGAAUACUUUGAGAAGCACCGGUGGCCACCUGUCUGGUACCUCAAAGAGGAAGAUCACUACCAGCGGGCUCGGAAAGAGCGAGAGAAGGAGGACUACCUCCAUUUGAAGCGGCAACCUAAACGGAGAUGGCUCUUCUGGAAUGGCCCCUCUUCUCCUUCCUCUUCUGCAGCCUCCUCUUCAUCUCCCUCCUCCUCCUCAGCCGUAGUUUGAAAGCUGCCUCAACCCUCCCGGGACGACCCCACUGUUUGUUAUUCCCUCCUGUCCACCUGCUCUAAGCCCCUCGGUCCUCCUUUAUCUGCAUUUCCCCCACUCUCCCCUCACCAGGGACAAGAGGACCUAAUCAAUUAGGCCCAUGAGGGUGGAGCAGAUAACACCAGCCAAACCAUCUCAAUGGAAGAAAGACCAGGCUCUGGUGAGAGGCAUGGAGACUAGCUGAGGAUGGAAAGGAGCCACAGCUUUCCAGGACUCCCCAAAUGAGGCAUCAGGGAGAGCUAGCACCUCAGUUAUCCAUCCUCUUUCUUCCUUUUUGGAAAUUUGGAGCUCUAGUUGUGGCUGGAGAUCCAUGAGCCAAGGCAAUCCAAGACAUCUGGGUUUACAGGAAGUUGUGAUUUUUGUGAGGGUUUAUUUUUUGAUUGGGGAAGAGGGUCCCAAAUUCCUUGGUGAGGAGAGAACAAGGUUUCUCCCAGAACUGUUUUUCCAAAGGACUUGGAGUUCACAAAUGCAUUGGGGGGAAAUUUCAGUUGGGGCCAAGUCAAGCACCCACUCAUCCCCUCCACACACCCAUUUGUAAACCAGUGUAGGAAUUAUCCUCACUCCAUCACUAGAGCUGCUCCUCUUGAAGAGCGUCAAUGAAAAGGAAGAUGGCGGGAGAGCCAAGAGAGCCUUCUCCCUACCCGUCACCCAGGUAUCUUAGAGGUGGUUUUGUAAACCUGGCAAGCUCUUAGGAUCUGAAUAGAGCUGUCCAGAACUCUCCAGGCUAGAAAUGUUGAUGCCAGGGAGAGAGUGACACCCUGCUCACCUGCUUCCAUAAGACCUAGAGAAAACUGUGUCACUGGAUAGAAACCAAUAGGUAGGAGUGAGUAGGACAGGAAGAAAAAAGAGGAGAUUCUGUGUUCAACAACUGGUCAUUCAUAGGACUUUGAGCUAGAAGGGGCUAUAGAGAUAAUCUAGUCCAACAUUUUAUAAAUGAGGAAAUUGGGACCUAGGGAGUUUAGGUGACUUAUCUAAGGUCACCCAGGUUUUUGGUAGAGCUAGUAUUUAAACCCAGGUAGUCUGCCACUAUACCAUACUCUUCUCAACCUCUUGUCAGAGCCCUGCUUUCUUGGGGGGAGGAGCAGAUAAAAGGGAAAUUAUAUGGGGAGGCAGGAAUGGCAGAAAACAUCUCCCCAUAAGUCCUCCACAAACUAUAGAAUGGAAAGCAGAAAAAAGUAUUUACUUUAUAUAUAGUCAAACAAAAGGUCAAGGGGAAGAAAGGGAAGACUGAGUUAUGAAAACAAUUCCACAUCCUAUUCUCCACGUGGAAAGAGAUUCAUCUCUAUUGUCUAGAGAGCCCCGAGGUCACUGACUGGAGUGAUUCACAUGGGCUUGGGGAGGGAACUACUUCUGUCAAUGAUGGCUUCCAUGUCCUCCCUGUCUGACCUUUUGGUUUUCCCCACCCUAAGAAUGAAGGUCACAUUCCUGGUCUUUACUGGGUGGUAUCAUGGGGUAUUUAGUGGGUUGGGGGUACUUUGGAGUUUGGAUUUAGAGGAGACAUCACCACCAUCACCCCCAAUUUGGAGGAAUGAAAAAUAGUAUCACAAUUAAGACAGGAAGCCAUCUUUUUGAGAAAUAGGGCAAAAUUAUGUUUCUAGGGAAGCAAAGGGAGUGAUAAUAGCAUCUGCAGCCCCCAUGGGGCAAAAGGAGGGCUGGGAAAAGCUCCUUUCUAAAUAAAACUUCCCCCGCCCCUUUCCUUAGUAGCCUUUCUUUUGGCCAAUAUUUUUGGUAGCUCUAAGUUCUAAAUAGGGGCCUGAGGGUAGGUCAGGACCCUUCAGAAAUUGCUCCUUCUGAUAUCUAGUUCCUGGGUUGCACAGGGCUGGUGGGAUGUCAGAGUUCAGAAAAAUGCUGAGAAUAUUGUAGAGAAAGUCUUGUCCCAAAUGACCAGUGAAAACUGGGGAUUACCAGAGCUCAGUUUUCCAUGUAUACCAUCCACUCCAGGGUCCCUUUCCCAAGCUGACUGGUCACCUUGGUGAUGCUCUGCCCUCCACUGACCCACUCUCUUCCUUAGAUGCCCAGGCACAGGGGGAUCAGGCUGGUGCUAUGUCAAUAAAUGCUGCUUUACCCUUAGUUUUUAAAAGAGGGCACUUAGAGGCUGUGGUGGGUACAAGCCUCCCUACAGAGGCAGAAAGGAGAAGCUGGGGAUGAGGUGUGCCAGGGAGGUUUCCAGAGAAUUGACAGAUCUGUGUUUGGAGUAAGAGGAAGUGGAAGUCAAUUGAGGGAGAAAAAGACAUCCAGGCAAGUGACUGGAGUUUCCUGAUUGGAAAAAUGACUUCUUCCUUUUUUUUUUCUUUUCCUAAGUAAGUCUAGAAUGAAAAGAGGGAAACAGAAACAGACAUAAUGCCCAGUGAAAGACAGUUACUCCCUCAGGGAUCCCUCUCCCCUUCUCCCCUGCUGUGCCCUCAGAGCCAAUUUCUAUCACCUUCUGGUCCAGUUUGUGGCCUGGGGUGCCAACCCAGCUGAACCAGCCCUUAGAGGGUGGACAAACUCUGACCCCUAGCAGCAAAGCAGAUAUACCUCUUUGCUGGGGGAAGAGAUGGAGACAUUGCCCUCACAUCUCCACGGGCUUUCAGAGGAAUUCAAAGAGCUGGAAAGAGUUCACGCAACUCACCCAUGCGGGGCAUGGAUGACUGAAUUGCAGAAGAAAAGGACUGAUGCUACUCAUUGGGAGGUGGGAGGGAAGGAGGAGAAAAAACCCUCUUUUUAUACAAGGUUUCAUAUUUAAUUUGAUCAUAAAUUCAUAAAUACAUGACUAUUUUGUACAACAA